AUGAUGUUUAUCAAAAUCGACCGUUUGUCGCAAAUUUUAUUUUUCCCGUUGCUAGUAGCAUAUUUGGCCUCGGUAAAUUCAAUUAUACCGGACUUGGGCGAUUUAAUUUUCACAAAGGUUUUAAUUGGUGUAGUUCAAGGACUGGUUCAUGAAUUAAUAACCAAUUUCAACCAUCCAGCAACGUUUACAGAAUUCCUCCAGAUACCGUCAAAAGAAUUCAACGUUACCGAUGAAAAUUCCGAGGUUGCAAAGAGUGCAUCACUGCAUUCCGAAUUAACGACACCCGACAAACAACAAACCCUGCUCGAUCGAAUGCAGGAAGAGAAUCGGCAGCUGUUGUCAAGAUUGGCGGGUUUGGAGAACGUAUUUAAAUCGUCAUCAUUAACAACUCAUGAAACCGAAAUCUCUAGCAACGAUAACGAAGAAGAUUAUACGAGACCGGUAAACAGACGAAAGAUCAGGGAAUCACGAUAUGCCGCUUUUCCAAAUAAGUCAAGAAGCGGCUGUGAUAAGUAUAAGAGAAGAAAUUCGGUGCACACAACAUCGUCAAUUAGCAGUGACAAUAGUAUUGUGUUCUCGGCCGCCCAUUCUAUGACCGACAAUGACGGUCAUGUAGAUACGAACAUUACUGAUUAUAGUGUGAACGAUGUUGACGGAAAGAAUGAACAACACCACGAUGAGGGCAUGUUGGUUGACGAAAAGUCAGAAUCAGAGAAUAAGGAGUAUUGGAUGAAUAAAAUAAUGAAGAUGGUGGAAGAAGACGAUCCCAGAAGAUCAUAUACUUGGGAGCCUAUUAGCUCCGGUGGCAAUGGAAAAGUCUACAAGGCCACCAAUAAAAUCCAUCACAAAAUCUUGGCCGUAAAGGCCAUCUCAUUAACCACCUCAAAAAUGCCGAACGUCACCUAUGCCGAGGUGGUGUGCUCUAGAAUUUUGAAGCAUCCCAACAUAAUUGUGAAUUACAAACAAUGCAUAAUGAACAAUAAUCGUGAUGUCAGAGAUGGCAAUUAUACAUACAAUAGUGAGGUUCAUGAUAACGGCAAUACGAAAGGUUGCAGUAUAAUAUGCAGCAACAAUACAUUAUGCCUGCUGAUGGAAUACUGUAGUGCCGGGUCUUUGUGGGAUAUACGAAAUCGAAAGAAAAACAAGAGAUUCAGCGAAAUUGAGGUGGCAUAUGUGAUGCGAGAGGUAUUGCGAGGUUUGGAAUAUACACAUGGUAUGGGUAUAAUACACCGAGAUAUAAAGGCUCAAAAUAUUUUAGUUGGUGAUGAAGGACUUGUUAAGAUCGCCGACUUUGGAUCCGCAUCAUUACACUCUAAAGCGUCCUUAAAACUAGGAACCUUAUAUUGGAUGGCACCGGAAGUAUUAAGGGAUAAGCAGGUGUAUGAUUGUAAAGUGGACAUCUGGUCAUUGGGUAUAAUGGCCGUCGAGUUAUUUGAUGGGCAACCACCGUGGUAUCCCAUGGGACAACGUAGGGUCGUAGAAUUGAUAAGAACCGUGGGUACGCCGCCAUUACCACCGUGUAUAUCCGACGACUUCGAGUCAUUUUUAAGGGAUUGUUUGAAGGUGAAUCCAAGGGAACGGCCUUGCGCUAGUGAAUUACUGUUGCAUCCGUUUUUGAUGAGCUGCGCUGGGAUCAAUGGGAUUUGCGUUGAGCAAUAG